AUGGGCUUGAUUCAAUCAGUCAUAUGUGGCGUAGUACUCUGCUUCGAAAGAGUUGUGUCGUGGACAUGCUGCGCCUUAGUUCUGAUGACUAUUAUGGUAUUAGUUAUACUCUUCACGUUGUACGGCAUAUCCUUGGGUUACCAUUACGGCCAAAAGGAAUUGGCAAAAUACCUUGGUUCAUCGGAUGAGUCAAAGAAGUCGGAGACCGGCGCGGAGGCUCUGAGCGAACCCGUAGUGCGCUUGGUCGCCGUUAACAGAUCGCAGGGAGAGCAAGUCACAGAUGUUAUGUCUGGACAUGCAUACCAGACCAGAGCGAUCACUCAAUCAGUGUUCCUGGAGUCAUCAGCGACGCCCAUUAUUGUCCUGGAAAGCGAGAGGCCAAACCAACAAUUCGAACUGACGCCUCACGAGAGAGAACUAGCUAGAAAGCUCAUCGGUCGAUUUCGAAGAGCGAGAAGAAACAACUCGACCAUCGUCCAAAUCCUUAAUCUAGGAGGCAGUGACAAGCGUUUCACUUCGGAAACGAAUACAAAAGAUGCAACG